CACCGUCUCAUUCACGAUCAGUAUAUCUCAUCGAGUUGCAUGUAAAGGACUUACAAGUUACGUGAGAGAUACGCUAGAAGAUUACUGUCCGCACGAUUCGAGAAAAAUUUCCUGGGCUCGAGAAACACGUGCAGUUGCACUCACCGGUGUGGUUUCGAGCCUGCAGAAUUCGAAGACCAGCUGAGCGUGUCUGUCGCACGCACCUGAUUUCUUAUCAAUGGAUGAGCGACUUUAAAAGGAGCAAGACAAACACCGAUUGAGGAUUAGAAGUGCCCGUGCGCCCUUCAUUUAUCACACUCACUCUGGAGUUGGACGAAAACCCAUCGAAUUUCAUCAAUCUACUAACAUUUCAAUAACAUGGACUCAAAAUUGCCUCUUUUAGGAGAAGUGAAGAGUCAGUACGGCACUCUGGAGGAAUCGAUGUCUGACAAGAUGCCUUUCCAAGCCAGUUUAUCCCACGGCUUCGACGAUGGAGUGGCCAAAUCUAAAGUGCCGGCAAUUGCACUCGUCAGUGAUAGUGACUCUUCGUCAAGUGGCGAGCACUGUCACAAGGACCGUGGCAACACAGUCGACCAAGCCGCACGGCGCAAGCUGAUCACCGCCAGCAUCUUAUGUCUGAUUUUCAUGCUCGGUGAGAUCGUAGGCGGCCUGCUAUCCAACAGUCUUGCGAUCGCGACGGACGCGGCGCACCUGUUGACCGACUUCGCCAGCUUCAUGAUUUCGCUCUUCUCGUUGUACGUGUCGACACGGCCGGCCACGCGCCGCAUGAGCUUCGGGUGGUACAGAGCCGAGGUCCUGGGCGCGCUCACCUCCGUCCUGCUCAUUUGGGUGGUGACCGCCGUACUCGUGUACCUUGCCGUCCUCCGUAUCAUCUCGGACGACUAUGUAAUCAACGCUGAGAUCAUGAUCAUCUCGUCUGCCAUCGGUGUCAUCGUCAACAUCAUAAUGGGUUUGACGUUGCACCAACAUGGACACUCGCAUGGUAAUUCACAUGGCCACUCGCACGAAAAUUCGUUUGAUCCAGAGAAUGGCCUUUCACAUUCGCACAGUUCUGCCCAAAACAUAAAUGUUCGCGCCGCGUUCAUUCACGUGGUUGGAGACUUCCUGCAAAGCGUCGGUGUCUGCAUAGCCGCCUUCAUAAUCUAUUUUAAGCCCGAGUGGCGCAUUGUGGACCCAAUCUGCACGUUCCUCUUUUCCAUCCUUGUGUUGAUGACCACCUUCGCUAUUCUGAAGGACACCCUCAGGGUCUUGAUGGAGGCUACACCUAAGGGUAUGGAGUUUACAGACGUUUUGGACAUUUUGCACAGGACGGAUGGAGUGUUGCGCGUACACAAUGUCCGCAUUUGGGCGCUGAGCAUGGACAAAGUCGCAUUGUGUGCGCACGUCGUAAUGAAACCUGGAGAACAGUCAGAGAGAGUGUUGCGGAAUGCUGAGAACAACAUAAGGAAGCGGUACAAAGUGUUCGAGUUGACCCUGCAGGUUGAGCCGUUUGUGGAAAGUAUGGAUGUCUGCGAUCAGUGCGUCUGCCCAUGAGCCUGGCAAAAAGUGGGGCAGACUGAGAGAGGGAAAGAAGACACUGACUAACUUGUUUUUGUUUUUAUUCAAAUAUUUAUAAGCUUGUUGUUUUUACCAAAGCAAAGUGUAUCAACACAAAGGCCUGAGUGAGAAGUAAGGGUACAGUGUUCAAUAAUUAGCAUUACAGCUAAUUUUUUUAUGAAAGAGAAGUGAUAUGAUAAUCUGAAAUUAUCGUCAACCCAAAUGCAGUCUAAUAAAGACAACUCAAAUUCGUCAACAA